AUGCCGAAUAGUACAUCAUCCGGGAAUGUGAAGACUCCCAAAUCACGCACGAAGACCUUUACAGGCUGUUGGACCUGCCGGGCCCGCAGAGUCAAGUGCGACGACGAGCGACCGCACUGUCGUCGCUGCCGCCGAAGUGGCUGGCAGUGCCAGGGCUAUGGGUUGCGUCUAGGAUGGUCACAAACACCGGGCAGCCGUUCUCAUCGGCGUCAGAUAUGGUCAUCGACUCCACAGUCAACGCACGACUUGUCAUCGGCCGCUGUGACGGCCCUCUUGGCGGACUUGGACGGGUGCUCCGGCGACGGCAUCGCGCAGCAGCGGGGGCCCUUCUCGGUGUUCUCCGCAUCGACACCGAGCCCUAAAGACCCCAAACCUGCAGAAACACAGUAUAAUGUGGCCGAAUACUCGCCAUUACUGGUGAAUCGGUGCAUCUCGAUUCCACUUGUGGUGAAUGAAUCCUCCAGUCGCAGUGGAAGUAGCGCUCAAGCCUCCCCGGAACCGGUACAUGAAGAAAUCAAUUUUACAAUCACAUCCCCAUCAACCUCAUGCCAUGAACAAUGGCUAUCACCGAGACUAUCCGAGGAGGCCGCCAGAAUUGACAGUGAUCGUAUCAGAACUGCUUCGGCUGUCGGUCAUCGACGUCCGGAAAAUGGCCUUUCUCCGGAGAAGAAUAGUCAAAAAGACCUCAUGGGCCUAUCGUCUUCAUUAUUAUCAGACAUAUUCCCGGUUAUGGCAAUCAAUCCUAUCCAGCUUCCGAGGCCUGAAACGGAGCUUGUUCACCAUUGGGUAGUUUUCCUCAGUGGGAACAUGCUACUGAUAGAUACCCCUGACAAUCCAUGCCGAACGAUAUUCAUGCCAAUGGCUUUGAAAGGGCUCGAUGCCCCACCGUCAGAGCCCAAUAUCCAUCUCUCCAUCUUCCAUGCAAUUUGCGCGUCAUCUGCAUUCAGUCUAUUCCACCUUCGCCGAGACCCCCGAUAUCAGUCUUUGGCCAUGCAUCACGAUCAGCUUGCCUUGCGGCACUUGCGCGAAAACUUGCAACGAGCGAAGCGUCUUGACGAGCCCACUUUGGCCGCUGUUCUCUCCUGCAUCACGGCUGAGGCGAUGUCUGGACGACGAAGCCGUUGGAGAGCGCACGUUGCUGGCGGACUUGGUCUUUUGGAAAACGAAAUUCACGGCGGUUGGGUACGUGGCCCAACCGCCUCUCGCUUACUUCAGAGCUACCUGUCCCUCUCCUCUCUUUGCAGCUUACCUAUGUCAGCCCAGCUGAUGUCACUUCUCAAUGGGCCUUCCGAGCUUCGACAUUAUCUAGAACGAUCGCACGGCAUUACCGGCCCGUUGGUUCAGUUCCUGGCUCAUAUUACCUCCAUCAUCGACUCGAAAUCGCGGGUUCCUACAGAAGAGCUGGAUAAAUUAGAACUACAGCUCUAUCUCAACUUUCCAUGUCUAUCCAACCCUGAUGCUCCCGGAUCAAUCAUUAUCCAGCAUGCCUUGAACUCAUUUUAUUACGCCACAAUUGUCUAUUUCCGUCGAACCCUACGACGGGCACCGCUGUGCGAUGUGCAGGAAUUGGUUGAGAAGGCCAUUCAAGAACUAGAAGCCGUCGAUGUUCGAGGAGACGACAAAGGAGGCUGUGCUUAUAAUUGGGCCAGCUUUGUCGUCGCCGCUGAAUGUCAACGAGAGGAUUUGCAAGCUCGCAUGUUGGCUUCAUUUGACAGGAAGAGUCGGCACGGGAUCCAGAAUAUCAAUGUGCUUUGCGAGAUCGUUCAAACAUUAUGGCAACGGCGUGCUCGGGCCGGGCCUGGCCAAGAAAUCUAUUGGCAGGAGAUUGCACAAGAAGCGGACUUUGAUAUUAUGCUGGUCUAG